UUGUAGUCUGCUUUCCUACAAGCAUACAAAUGACCUGGCUUGCAAUGGUGGGAGUGACAGGCCGAUUACCAACUUUCGUUUUGCACCGAUAGGACAACAUAGGAAGUCCAUCAUGCUGAACGAACAUAUUGUGAAAGAUAUAGCUGAGCUCCAUGCUAGACUGUUGGACCAUCAUCCGGUGCUACAAGGUCAUGUCAGCUAUUUCAUCAAAGAGUUUGAGGAGAAGAGGGGUGACAGAGAAAAAGAGAGACUAGAGAAAAUGUCAAGAGAAAUAAAUACGAUGAACAAGACAUUACUACCAGAAAGUUUGGAUGCCAUGCAGGUUUACUUGGCAAACGUGUCCGCCAAGUUGAAAGUAGCCACAGAAGUCUGCCACAAAAUAGAAGAAAAAGGAAACAAUGUUGAGACUUCUAUUUUAGAGGAGGGUAGAGAAAGAAGAAACAAGGACUGGGAGACUUAUACCAACAUGCAGCUCAAUAAAUGUGAACAAAUUGACGAGGACUUUGAAGAACAAAUCAAAACGUUACACAGACAUUACAAUGAACUGGAGGACAAACUAACAAACUCGUCAAAUCUGGCAGCGCAAUAAACUAAAAACCAUAUGUAAUUUCUGCGUCACUGUGUUAUAUGGAAGCAAUCAGAAAUAUUCAGUGUGUCGUGAGGCAAAGUGAAUAGUCUCUAACUUUUUGCAACAAGAUAUUCACCUGGAUAUUCAUUCUGUCAUGAAAAAUAUAUUCUCAUUAAUCGCAACAUAACAAAUAUUUUUGCCAUUUUCAAUCUCUCACAGAACCUAGUGGGACAAUAGCCUUUUUUCUCUCCAUCCUAAGAUUGAUUUAUAUCAGAAAUGUGUUAAAUAAAAUCUCAACCAUU